GAUGAAGAUAAUAGGAAUAUUUUUACUGACUAAAUUGACAAAUUGUGCAAUAACUCUAGUCUUCGAUAGCGUUUAUUCACCACCUAAAAUAAUACCUACAGAUGAGAAUCAAAUUUAUAGUGUCGGUUUGAAUCAAAAAGUAAUAAGACCAAUAUUUGCCUAUUUAAUGAAGAAUGGACAACGUUUAACAACUGGAAGUGAUGCUUCAGCAUCGGUGACCUAUCGAUCAAUUGAAACUGAUGCCAUAGGUAAGACGUCCUACAAAGAUGACUGGAUUGAAAGUGGAGGAAAUCUAUGUUGGCAUACUCAGUCGACUCAAGAUUUUCCAACAAGAUUUGACUUUUAUAAUGGAAAACAGGCUUGUGGUGUUAAUGGUACUUUGACAACGAAUGUGAUCAAAGGAAGAAUAAUACUUGACGUGUAUUGGCAUUAUCAUCCUCAAUUUUUAGCUCCAAGUAAGAAGAGGCACAUUGAAUUUACUGUAAAAACUUCCGAAGGUACAAUUAAAAGUUAUACUAAUGGCUUUCGUGUUUGGGACCCGGCAUGGCAGCCCCGAUGGAUAAUUCAACCCUCUAAACUUAUUAAUAUUAAUUCUAAGUUUGAUUUAAAAAUUCAAGUUGUAAACAAAUUAGGUAAAGAAAUAGUUGAUACUGGAGAAUCAACCGUAUAUGUCAUGUUAACUGUUGCGUGGCAGCAUAAACUAUUCAACAGCGGUGUGUUGGUUAUUGAACACGAAACUAAGCAAAGACUGUCUGGAGAGGGGGUCUAUAAAAGUGCUACCACUAAUGAAUUAAUUAAAGUUGUUAGAGCUAAUAAGGGCAUAGCUACCUUCGAGAACAUAAGACUAUUAGACGUUCAAGAUGGUCUUCGACUAAAUGUCACCUUAUUGAGACCUCAUGGCUUUACAAUUAGGACUCCUGAAAUAUUUUCAGAGAAAGAUUUCUACAUUGCUACCAGUUCAUCGGUUGGUACUUUGUUAACUCUACCACCCGACUAUCUUGAAGGCCCAGGAUUCAUUCUAAGCAGACCCAUUAAAGUUCAAGCUGUUGAAGCUACCAGCAUACAUAUAGUAAACUUGAAAGAUAUAAGAUCGAAAGUAGCCGCUAAUUUUCAACUUUACGAAAAGCCAAUAAUUGAAAUAGUUCGAGCCGUAUUAACACCCAAUACUGCUUGCUUAUCCAUCGAUUCAAAGAUUUUAUUAAAAGAAGGAAGAGGCACUUAUGAUGGAUCAAUAUGCAAUAAAAUCUCAUUUGUUCGAUUACAAUUUGAAACUACCAGCGCUAUAUCAGGAACAACAAUCAAAACAACUGAAUAUAUUGAAUUAAAAGUAACAGAUGAUAUUUAUAUCGGCCAUAUUCUCGAUAAGACAAUUGAUUCCUCUGUUGCGGCAUUGGUUCAAAGCUUUCAUUCUACUUAUGUGAAUUUUGCUGUUGAAGACAUAAACAAUGGAGUCUUUUCUAACUUAUUACAAGGAAGAACCCUUCAUCUUUAUCAAGCCGAUCAUAAAAAUGAUGAUAAAGUGGCAUACGAAGUAUAUGAAUCAUCAAAACAAUUAGCACAAGAAGAUCCGUCGAAAAGAUUGGCCGCCAUCAUCGGUUUCGAUAAUGAUACGAUAACUGAAAAGAUGGCUCACAUACUGAAUGCUGAUCAUAUGCCUCAACUAUCAAUAAGGGAAGAAAGAGCAGAAUUUAGCGAUAAAAUUAUCGUAAGAUAUAAGAAUUUACGAUUAUCGUCCUCUUUCUAUGAAAAGGCUAGCUUGCAUGGAAUUAAAAUCACCGAAGAGAUAACCAUUCCCGAUAUAGACUAUACUUCACAAGAUUUUUCACCUUUAAAGCCUUAUAUGCAAAGAAUAUCUCGAGCGGCUAGCCGUAUUGUAUAUUUAUACAUGAAUCCUCCCUUGUUGUACUAUGUGACUAGAGCAGCAAUAAUCUAUGAAGUGGCUGGAGUUCAUGGCUAUUUAUGGGUUACCGCCGGUAUUACUACGAAAUCUUUUCCAAUUCUCGAUCAGCAUCCUUUCUGCAAAAUGUCUCCUUAUACAUGUACUGAAGGAAUGGUUGGUAUGCAUCUUUUUUGGCCACUGUACUCUGUUGGUGGUAUAUCUAGUUCCCAAUGGAAUCGUCUCAUGGAAAAGUUCUCUAACAGAGAUAAGACGAUUUAUUCAGGUGUAGUACUAUCAUCUGAUACUAGGUUGGUAGCUGAAAAAGGUUCUGCAUAUGACGCUCUUAUUUCAUUAGCAAUGGCAAUAAAUGAGCCUUUAACAAAAAAUCAAACAAUAACUGGGGUAGCCGUUGUUGAAGCCCUUAGACAACUUUCUUUUAAUGGAUUAACUCAAAAUGUUACUUAUACCAAAAGUGGAGAUCGGCACGGCUAUAUGGGAUUUGUUAUUACGUUGGGAGGAAGAUAUUUCGCUCCAGGACUUGGUUUAAUAACUAUACCAAAGAUCUUUAUUAUGGAGAAUGAAUCCUCCAAAAAGCAAAUUGAAUUGAUAACAUUAGCUCCAAUAUAUUUUAGUAUACCGCCAUUAAAUUGGAAAUAUCAAGUAACUUUCUAUCCAAAUUCAACGUUUCUUAAUCGAAGAAAUUACUUGUCUUACAAGGGAGUAUUUGAUGAAAUUAUUCAACAAGUUGUUCCGCAAAAUGGAGAAGCUGACCCUGAAUCUGAACACAUUAGAACAGAAUUAGUGAUGGCACCAUAUUUCUGUCUCCAAGGGUGUGGAGGUAAUCAAACAGAUGUACAUGAUAUAAAUAUUUAUCAAUUUGGCAAAUGCGUCGAGCAUGGAAAAUGUGAAUGUAGUCCCGGUUAUGAGAAUAGUGAUUGCUCAAAAGUUAUCUGUUCUUCUUGUAUUCGAGGCACAUGUGUGACACCGGAAGUUUGCCAGUGCCAUGCAGGAUGGACAGGCAGCGCAUGUGACGAAGCUAUUUGCAGACUUGGAUGCCAUAAAGAACAUGGUAAAUGUAUUGCACCAGAUACCUGCCAAUGUCAAGGCCUUUACACUGGAUCUAGUUGCGAUUUAUCAUUAUUACUAGUUAUUCUACCAUCUGUACUUGGAGGUUUAGCAUUAAUUGUUUUCUUGGCCAUCUUAUUUCGAUGGUAUCUUAAACGCCAAGCAAGAGAAGCGGCUCUAUUAAAUCUCGAUUGGGUUGUUAAUUGGGUAGAUAUUCAAGCCCUAAAAAUAGCCGUAUCUUAUCUAUCAGCUGUUAGUCUGAAAACAUCAAAUACAGAUUCUGAAAUCGUUAAAGCUAACGUAGUAAGAUGGAAAAGUCAAAAGGUGUUUUGUAAACAGUUUCCAAAAUGCCCAUCAAUUCCUGUUGAUAAUAUAAAGCAUAGCAUAUUGAAAUUGAGAGAAAUUCGGCAUAAGAAUGUAAUAUCAUUUAUUGGAGCUUGUUUGGAAUCCCCAAAUGUAUCUAUCUUAUAUGAAAUUGGCUCAAAGGGCUCUCUUGACGACAUUAUAGCCAAUGAUAGUAUUAAAUUAAGUUGGGAUUUUAGAUUCUCUAUCCUAAAAGAUAUCGCAAGAGGUCUCGAUUAUCUGGAAAAUCAUUUUGGUAUAAUCAAGUCUAUCAAAUCAAGCCAAUGUAUUAUUGAUAAUCGUUGGACCUGCAAGAUUCGUCCUCCUUUACCUGAUCUAUUUCUAAUAAACAAAGAAAUUGAAAAUGAUAAUGAACUACUUUGGACGAGCCCAGAAUUGCUCAAUGAUCAAUUACCAACGAAAACAUCAUUAGUUUACUCAUAUGCAAUUAUUGCUUCUGAAAUAGCUAGUCGUUGCGGUGCAUUUGAAAAUGAAUUGGUUUACAUUGAAGUAGCUGACAUUAUAGGUCUUGUCAAAGAUAAAACCUCAACUAAUGUCAAAACAGCUUUUGAUGCCUGGAUAAAACACGGAGGUGAUCCUAAUGAAAAUGUAAGACCAAGAAUAAAUGAAGAGGAACUACCAGAUAAGAUUGAGAUUGCCAAACAAGUGAAUAGUUUAAUUCAUGAAUGUUGGAACGAAGACCCAAAGAAGCGCCCCGAUUUCAAGGGAAUACUCGAUAAAUUAAGUAAGAUUAACCCUGUUAAGGGUGAACUGAUUGAUAAUCUUGUUUCUAUGCUGGAACAAUAUUCAACAAGCUUAGAAGCCAUUGUUGCGGAAAGAACUCAAGAACUUCAGAUUGAAAAAAGUAAAACAGAGCAGCUAAUCUCCCAGAUGCUUCCAAAGAGGGUCGCUGAAGACUUGAAGAAUGGAAGAAGUGUCGAACCUGAAACUUUUUCCAGUGUUACUAUCUUCUUCAGCGAUAUUGUAGGAUUUACAGCCAUUGCUAGAGAUAGUACUCCUCUUCAAGUCGUUGACCUUUUAAAUGACUUGUAUUCAUGUUUCGACGCUAUACUUGACAAUUACGAUGUCUACAAGGUGGAAACCAUUGGGGAUGCUUAUAUGGUUGUUUCUGGAUUACCAGAAAGAAAUGGAAUUCUCCAUGCCUCAGAAAUUUCGUCAAUGUCUCUCCAUUUAAUGUCGGACAUUUCUAACUUCAAAAUUAGGCAUAUGCCAGAUAUGACUUUGCAGUUAAGGGUCGGAAUGCAUUCGGGUUCAGCCGUUGCUGGUGUUGUUGGGCUUAAAAUGCCUAGAUAUUGUUUAUUUGGAGAUACAGUUAACACAGCCAGUCGUAUGGAGUCAUCCUCUUUAGAUGAAAUUGGAGGAUUCGAUCUUGAAUGUCGGGGUGAGAGGGAAGUUAAAGGAAAAGGUAUAAUGAAGACUUAUUGGUUAAAUGGUAAAGAUAAUUUUAAUAAACCUCUUCCGUCCUUAAAUUUGGCUUUACCAGAAAGUAUGCACGAAUUUAAAUAA